CCCGUGCCGCUGCUAGCCGGAGCUCCAGCAAACACCGAGAGUAGAUGCGAGCUUCCCGGGAUCACCGAGCGACCCGGGAGCACGGCGGAAGGAGUCGGGCGGUGGUGGAUGAGCUGGCUACUUGACCGGCGUUUGGAGAGAGAAAGAUUUCAGUACAGAGAGACUGGGAAGGAGAGGGGGAGAACGGGGGAGAGAGAGAAAGGAUUUCACUACACUAAUGGCUGCACUGCUACCGGACUUGGGCUCGCUGUCGCCGCUGCUCUUACACCUUCUCCUCAGUUCUUUGUUCACCGUUAUCCCGGUGUGUGCAGCAGGGCCGUGCUGCCGCUCCCACCCAGCCCCCGGAGACACGCAAAGCGUAAGCUCACCCGAAGGAACGCUAACGGGGGCUCUGGCUGGGGGCAACUGGAAUAUCCAGCAUGUACGGACCCGGCUAAUAAAAUGUCUAGUGUGCGAGCAAUGCUUACGGUACAGUGCAGUGCCACCUGCGUGUUCGUGGUGGCCGAAUAACCGGACAGUAUUUAUACACACUGGACGCUGUCAUCACCAGCCAGUUUGUAGUGACGGUGGCGGCGGGGAGAAGGGCGUUGUUUCUCCCGUUCUCGACUCUCCUGUUCAGUAUGACAAAAAGAGGACUGUACAAAGGACUAGACGGCCACAAACACAUCUACACAUCACCACGGACAGGGUCGUUGCACGAAGCGUGCACCGGGUGCUGUGUUGCGCGGUGUUGGGCUCGCAGUUGGAUACAAGUGGUACCGUGGAAAGGCCUGAUCACUGCUCGCGUCACUCAAAGCAGGAGUUUACCGGUGCCACGAGACCAUCCAGGUUGUUACUACAAUACUAUUCUCAUUCUAAUGUGGCUUGCAGUGUUUUGGACGCCAAUAAAUUAGACAAAGCGACAUCGGACCGUCCCCUUUCACGCCCGCUGAAUGUUAUCGAUCUCAGCAGAGAGGGCUUGAAUAGGUCUUUUAAAACGGACUUUGGCAAUACCCGGGGAUGCUCGGAUCCGUGCGCGCAGCUCCUCUCUCCAAAACAAGCAGGCGAAGCAAACAGCUGUCUCGAGUCACACCGGAUCACGGAAUUUGCUGCCGUGCGCACACCAAGAUGGCACAGCAGUGACUGGCACCGGUUCAACAUCUCUCUGAAGCGCACGAGCUAUGCUGUUUGUGGAGAAAAUCCAAUCACUGUAUUAUCAUACAACAGCUCACUAUGUUUAAUUACUAAGACGAGUAACACAAACGAUCUGGAAAGCGUAAAGUGUAAAAGGUGUGACAGGAUUUGUCCACAGAUGUCCUCUUGGGCACCCACUGAUGGAUUAGGCGAAACGACAGGGGAUUUAAUGCAAAAGGCUGACUGGGAAGACAUCUCUCCUGUUGCAACAUCUUUGGAUAUCAGUGAUGAGCACAACUCUGACUCAUCUGCUGUGGAGAACAGGGGUCAUAUGGCAUCACAUAUCUACCUCUUAGUUGAGCUCAACUUUACUGAAAGACCUCGUGACUCACACUCAUACACGAGAGGUCUUGGACAUACAGAGAGCGCGAGAAAAGAUUCAGCACCACGCAUGUGGACAGCUCCUAACACAAACUCCGUGAACUUUGCUGAAAGUUUUCACUUGUGGAAUUGGAACAGUAACAACAACAACUGCGCAAAAAAGCCCAAUAAUAACAGCAACAGCGGUAGUUCUGAUCACCAAAAAGAAAAUAAAACCCACAAUGUUUCUGCCAGUGAAGAGAUCGACUUUACAAGAGAGGAAAACUCACCUUAUCUUUGCUCUAGUGUCACGCGUGCAGACUGUGAUGACGACAGCGACGACGAGAGUUUAAGCGCCGAUGGGGGAGCCACGCGGAAGCAAUUAAAAUCGGGUAAACGGGUGUCAUUACAAGCUGAGGGUGUUAGCCAGCGAAAGGAGUGCGGUAGGAGGCCGGAAGAGAGAGAAGGCGGGGUCAAAGGGGAGGAGAGUGGGAAGGGAGACAGACAGCGUGCACGGAGAGAAAGGGAUGAAAGCGUAGAGUGGGUGAUUGCAGAAGACACAAAGGAACAGUCAGUGGAUAAAAGCACGAAUUUGGUGGAUAAAACAGAUACAGUUCAAAGUAAUGACACCUUGAAAUUAGAAACUAAAGAUGAUAAGAACAAAAAGUGGCAUAAAUAUGAGGGAAUAUGGACUGAAAGAGAUGAGCUUAAACAUAGUGAAGAUGAGGCAGAAAAUAUACAAAACAAACAGUAUAGAGAGAAAGAAAAUGAGGGAAAGAGUGAUGAAUUGCAGAGACUAGAGAAACAGGAAUUUGUUGAAGGGGAGGCAGGUGUCCCUCCUGUUGGGCGCUCCCGCAGAGCUGCUAAUCGACAUCCCCAUUUUUCCCAGUAUAACUAUCAGGUUCAGGUUGCUGAGAACCAGCCUCCUGGUACAUCAGUUAUAGCUAUAACAGCCGAGGACCCUGAUGGUGGUGAGGCAGGCAGACUCGGUUACAGCAUGGCCCCUUUAAUGAACAGCAGAUCCAUGGACUACUUCCAAAUUGACCCAAUUACUGGCCUUCUCACCACCACACACAUUCUGGAUAGAGAACACAUGGACCUGCACUAUUUCAGGGUUACUGCCACAGACCAUGGCUCACCGCGUCUUUCUGGAACGACUAUGGUGACCAUCACUGUGGCUGAUCGUAACGAUCACUCUCCUGUGUUUGAGCAAACAGAGUACCGUGAGACGAUACGAGAGAAUGUAGAAGAGGGAUAUCCCAUUUUACAGUUACGCGCAACAGAUCUUGACUCGCCGGCAAAUGCAAACAUUCGUUACAGAUUUAUUGGAGAAAGUGCACCUGUAGCACGUUCUGCUUUUGAGGUCGACCCACGAUCGGGAUUGAUCACAACACGAGGCAUUGUUGACAGAGAAGUAAAUGAGCGUUACACAUUGCUCGUAGAAGCAAGCGACCAGGGGAGAGAGCCGGGGCCACGGUCGGUUACUGUUAGCGUCCAUAUAACUGUGUUGGAUGAGAAUGACAAUGUGCCCCAAUUCAGUCAAAAGCGGUAUGUGGUUGCUGUUAGAGAGGAUGUUCGUCCCCAUUCUGAAAUACUUCGAGUUAGUGCUUCGGAUCAGGAUAAAGACGUGAAUGCAGCUGUACAUUACAACAUCAUUAGUGGAAACAGCAGAGGACAGUUUGCUAUUGACAGUGUUACUGGAGAAAUCCAGGUGGUGGCCCCACUAGACUUUGAGACCGAACGUGAAUACACACUACGUCUGCGGGCUCAGGACAACGGGCGCCCACCACUGUCCAACAACACUGGAAUUGUAAGCAUCCAGGUCACAGAUGUCAAUGAUAAUCCACCAAUCUUUGUGUCCACACCUUUUCAGGCUACAGUGCUGGAGAGCGCUCCCAUUGGUCACUCUAUUCUCCACAUACAAGCUAUUGACACAGAUAAUGGUGACAACGCACGACUGGAAUAUCGUUUAACGGGAACUGGCACAGAUACACCGUUUGUUAUUAAUGGCGCCACUGGCUGGGUCACUGUGAGCUCAGAGCUUGACCGUGAAUCAGUAGAGCACUAUUUCUUUGGUGUAGAGGCACGGGAUUAUGGUGCCCCGCCCCUUUCCGCCACAGCUAGUGUUACCAUCACAGUAAUGGAUGUUAAUGACAACAGGCCAGAAUUUCUACAAAAAGAGUAUUACGUCAGACUAAACGAAGAUGCAGCCGUUGGCACAAGCGUGGUCAGUGUAACUGCAGUUGACCGAGAUGUAAAUAGCGCGGUCACAUAUCAAAUCACCGGUGGAAACACACGUAAUCGUUUUGCCAUUAGCACAGCCAGUGGAGCUGGCCUUGUGUCUCUAUCCCUGCCUUUGGACUACAAACAAGAGCGUCGCUAUGUGCUAACAGUCACUGCAUCCGACAGAACACUCCACGACACCUGUCAAGUGCACGUUAACGUCACAGAUGCCAACACACACCGUCCUGUGUUUCAGAGCGCUCAUUACUCAGUAAGCAUAAAUGAGGAUCGCCCUCCUGGUAGCACUGUGGUGGUUAUAAGUGCAACAGAUGAAGAUGUUGGAGAAAAUGCACGCAUCACUUAUUACUUAGAGGACAACAUUCCACAGUUUCGUAUAGAUCCAGGAACUGGAGCGAUCACACUACAAGCUGAGCUGGACUAUGAGGACCAGAUGACCUACACGCUUGCCAUCACAGCUCGUGACAACGGAAUUCCACAAAAGUCUGACACCACAUAUGUAGAGGUCAAUGUUAAUGAUGUGAAUGACAACGCACCUCAGUUCCUAAGCCCCAGGUAUCAGGGUGGAGUCAGUGAAGAUGCCCCGCCCUUCACUAGCGUACUACAGAUCUCCGCUACAGACCGCGAUGCUCAUGCCAAUGGUCGUGUCCAGUACACCUUCCAGAAUGGAGAGGACGGGGAUGGUGAUUUUACCAUCGAACCGACAUCUGGAAUAGUCCGGACGGUCAGGAGACUUGACCGCGAAAGUGUCCCGUUCUACGAGCUGACAGCAUUUGCUGUGGAUCGUGGUGUUCCACCUCAAAGGACACCUGUACACAUUCAAGUCAGUGUUAUGGAUGUGAAUGACAAUGCCCCAGUGUUCCCUGCUGAUGACUUUGAUGUUCUAGUAAAAGAAAAUAGUGCUGUUGGUUCUGUAGUAGCACAGAUCACAGCGACGGAUCCAGACGAGGGCCCACAUGCUCAGAUUAUGUAUCAGAUUGUAGAGGGCAAUAUUCCAGAAAUCUUCCAGAUGGACAUUUUUUCAGGAGAGCUUACAUCUUUAAUUGACCUCGACUAUGAGACACGGAAUGAGUAUGUCAUCGUCGUCCAGGCCACAUCAGCGCCGCUAGUAAGCCGGGCCACAGUGCGGAUCCGACUCGUUGACCAGAACGAUAAUGGGCCCCAAAUGCAGGACUUUCAAAUCAUCUUCAACAACUUUGUAUCCAAUCGGUCCAACACCUUCCCAAGUGGCGUUAUUGGCAGGGUUCCGGCCCAUGACCCAGAUGUUUCAGACCGUCUCUACUACACUAUUGACAGAGGAAACGAGCUGCAUCUGUUGCUGCUGAACCACACCAGUGGAGAGAUCCGGCUCAGCCGAAAACUGGAUAAUAACCGACCGCUGGUGGCCCCCAUGCUUGUCACCGUUACUGAUGGCAUUCACAGCAUCAGCGCUCAGUGUGUGUUGCGGGUUCUCAUUAUCACAGAGGAGAUGCUUAGCAGCAGUGUAACCGUGCGACUGCAAAACAUGUCCCAGGAGCACUUCCUGUCCCCGCUACUCACUCACUUCCUGGAAGGGGUCUCAGCGGUGCUGUCAGUGUCUCCUGAUGAUGUGUUUGUGUUUAAUGUGCAGCCGGAUGCAGAUGCAGGGCGGGUGCUCAACGUGAGUUUCUCUGCAGCGCUGCCUGGAGGUCAGUUCUUCCCAUCGGAGGCUUUGGAGGAGCAACUUUACCUCAACAGACCCAGACUUAAUGCUCUUGCACAUAUGGAGGUUCUCCCAUUCGAUGAUAACGUGUGCUUGCGCGAACCAUGCCAGAACUAUAUGAAGUGCAUCAGCGUUCUCCGCUUCAACAGCUCCGCCCCCUUUAUUGCCUCUCCAUCCACACUGUUCCGGCCCAUCCAUCCAAUCACAGGCCUGCGCUGCCGAUGCCCGGCAGGAUUUACCGGAGAUUAUUGUGAAAUUGAGAUUAACCUGUGUUACUCGAACCCUUGCAUGAAUGGAGGAGUAUGCACUCGCAGAGAGGGAGGGUACACGUGCAUCUGCAGAGAGGACUAUACAGGCGAGCAUUGUGAGUUUGACCGGCGUUCUGGUCGGUGUGGCGCAGGCGUCUGUCAUAAUGGCGGUACGUGCCGUGAGCUCUCUGGAGGUGGUUUCAGGUGCGAUUGUCCUGCAGGAGGUUAUGAGAAGCCCUACUGUUCUGUCACCACCAGAUCCUUCCCACCAAAAUCCUUCAUCAUGUUCAGAGGCCUUCGUCAGCGAUUUCACCUUUCAGUCUCUCUCUCGUUUGCCACAUUGGAAACUAAUGGUUUACUUUUCUACAAUGGUCGGUUUAAUGAGAAACAUGACUUCCUCUCUCUGGAGAUAUUAGAUGGACAAGUGGUUCUUAAAUACUCUACAGGUGAGUCAUCUACUCAGGUGAGUCCAUACCUUCCCAGUGGAGUGAGUGAUGGCAACUGGCACACUGUUCACAUCCAUUACUAUAAUAAGCCAAAGCGCAGUGUGAGUGGUGAGGUUCAAGGUCCGUCUGAUGAGAAGGUUGCAGUCUUGAGUGUCGACGACUGCGAUUCGGCUGUUUCUUUGAGAUUUGGAAGUCAGCUCGGGAACUACAGCUGUGCCGCUCAGGGGAGGCAGACCAGCAGCAAAAAGUCUUUGGAUCUGACAGGUCCGCUGUUUUUGGGUGGGGUUCCAAAUAUGCCGGAGAAUUUUCCUUUCAGUACGAGAGAAUUUAUUGGCUGUAUGAAAGACCUGCACAUUGAUAACAGCCCCGUGGACAUGGCAGGAUUCAUUGCUAAUAAUGGCACAUUACCAGGCUGCAGUGCCAAGCUGCCGUUCUGUAAAUCAAACCCAUGCCAAAAUGGAGGCACAUGUAGGGUUAGUUGGGAAACCUUCUCCUGUGACUGCCCUGUUGGAUUUGGAGGAAAGGACUGUAGCCUCGUGAUGUCCCACCCGCAUCGUUUCCUUGGUAACAGCGCACUGUGGUGGGACCUAAAGAAUGAUUUCACCAUCAGCACACCCUGGUACAUGGGGCUUGUGUUUCGCACCAGAUCGAAAGAAGGAGUUCUUCUGCAGGCUCAAGCUGGACAAAACACCAACUUAAUAUUUCAGGUAGUGUCAGGUCAGCUGGUGUUUUUUGUGGCUCGAGGUUCGACUCGGCUGGUCAGGUUGAGGCUGGAUCAGGUUCAGGUUUGUGAUGGACGCUGGCAUGAUCUACAGCUGGAGCUUCGUGAUGUAAGGAGCGGUCGAGAGACUCGAUAUGUUGCUACGGUCAGAUUGGACUUUGGACUGUAUCAGGGAACAGUAAUUGUUGGAAAUGAGAUUAAUGGUGUAAAGGUUAAGCACUUGCACAUAGGUGGAGUUUUCGGCUCAGGAGAGGUGCAGAAUGGCAUUCGUGGCUGUAUUCAGGGAGUGCGUCUGGGUGUACGUCCUGAUUCCCCUGCAUUGCCCCGCCCAUCCAAAACAAUCAAGGUGGAGGUUGGCUGUAAUGUUGGCAACCCAUGUAACACCUCUCCAUGCCCCGCCCACAGCCAUUGCACUGACGAAUGGGAUCGACACACUUGCGUUUGUGAGCCAGGAUUCUAUGGCAAGGGCUGUAUGGAUGCAUGUAAGCUGAACCCAUGUGAAAAUCAAGCAAAGUGCCACAGGAAGCCCAGCUCAUCUCAUGGAUAUAUCUGUGACUGUGAGGACAGUCACUACGGACAGUACUGCCAACACAGGGUAGAGCAGCAAUGCCCUCGUGGUUGGUGGGGGAGCCCAACAUGCGGACCCUGCCACUGUGAUGCGAAUAAGGGCUUUGACACAGACUGCAAUAAGACCACUGGACAUUGUCACUGCAAGGAGUUUCAUUACCGAAGGCGAGGCAGCGAUGUUUGUCUUCCGUGUGACUGCUACCCAGUGGGCUCCUUCUCAAGAUCAUGCGACACAGAAAGCGGACAAUGCCAGUGCAGACCUGGCGUAAUUGGCAGACAGUGCAACAUGUGUGACAACCCGUUUGCUGAAGUCACACAAACAGGCUGUGAAGUGAUCUAUGAUGGUUGUCCUAAGACCAUAACAUCAGGAAUCUGGUGGCCCAGAACAAAGUUCAACUUGCCUGCAGCUGUUCCCUGUCCUAAAGGAUCAGUAGGAACUGCAAUUCGUCACUGUGAUGGAGAAAGAGGCUGGCUGGACCCUGAUCUGUACAACUGCACUUCUCCACCAUUUGUGGAGCUAAACACAGCUCUGGAAGCUUUGGAAAGAAAUGAGACAGAACUCGGAACAAUCACUGAGAAAAAACUGGCCCAUCAGCUUCGUGAUGUCACAGAGGCAACAACCCGUCUUUAUGGCAAUGACCUUCAGAUCGCCGAGCGCCUGUUGUCCCGCCUCCUGACCUUCGAGAGCCUCCAGUCAGGAUUUGGUUUGACAGCCACUCAGGAUGCACAUUUUAAUGAGAAUGUGUUAAGAGGUUGUAGUGUUUUGUUGGGUCCGGGUAGCGCUACACUGUGGAGAGGUCAAAGUUCAGGGCAGAUGGGAGCGGCGCGAUUGGCUGAUCUGUUGGAGCAGUACUCCCGCACACUUGCCCAGAACAUGAAACAGACCUACCUCAAUCCUGUGGCACUCGUCGCUCCAAAUAUUGUCAUGACUCUGGAUCGUGUUGAAAACCAUACACAUGUGCGGAGACGGUUUCCACGCUAUCACAGCAGCACUCUCUUCCGAGGUCAAGCGCUUUGGGAUGCUCACACACAUGUUGUGCUGCCCCCUGCUGCACUUGUACCACAACGCAACCCAUCUCCAGUUUUAGCUCCAUCUCCAGCCAGCCCGGUAAACCUGUUGGCCAAUCACACGGUGGAAGCAACAGCAGCACGACGUUCUUUGGCAUUGCAAGAGGCUCCUAUCACCAUCGUCAUCCUCCUUAUUUAUCGAAGCCUGGGGGCUGCGCUCCCCCCAAAAUACCACACGGACCGCAGAGGCGUCAGGUUACCUAGACACCCUGUGCUGAACUCCCCUGUAGUAAGUGUGUCUGUAUAUAACAAUCAGACAUUUGUGGAGGGUUUUCUGGACACGCCGGUUCUGCUGGAGUUUCGUCUGUUGGAGACCAGCAACCGCAGCAAACCACUGUGUGUGCAGUGGAAUCACAGCAGCCCUGUAUCAGCAGGAGGUUGCUGGACUGUGAGAGAUUGCAGUGUGGUCUAUAGAAACACAUCACAUGUGCGAUGUCAGUGUCACAGACUGGGAACGUUUGGAGUCCUGAUGGACAGUUCACAAAGAGAGCAGUUGGAGGGUGACCUGGAGACCCUUGCCAUAGUAACAUACUCCUCACUCUCAGUUUCCAUGGUGGCAUUGUUGCUAACGGUGGUGGUUUUAUCGGGUCUGAGAGGACUGAAAUCAAACACACGCAGUAUUCACUCCAACAUGGCUGCUGCUACUCUACUUUCACACCUCACAUAUCUGCUGGGCAUCAAUCAGACUGAACAACAGUUCCUGUGCACAGUGGUUGCAAUCCUUCUCCAUUAUUUCUUCAUGUCAUCCUUUGCGUGGCUGUUUGUGGAAGCUCUACAUAUUUAUCGUAUGCAGACAGAAGUGAGAAACAUCAACUACGGUGCCAUGAGAUUUUACUAUGCUAUAGGCUGGGGAGUUCCCGCUAUCAUUACAGGCCUGGCAGUGGGGUUGGAUCCAGAGGGAUACGGAAACCCAGAUUUCUGCUGGAUCUCCAUGUAUGAUAAGCUUAUGUGGGGCUUUGCGGGACCAGUUAGCGCCGUCAUACUGAUGAAUGGUGGAAUGUUUUUAAUGGUCCUGCGUAUGACAUGCAACCCCACUCAGAAAGAGAUAAAGAAGCUGCCUGUGAUUUCUACUAUCCGCAGUGCCUUUCUCUUGUUAUUGUUGAGUACAUGCGUUUGGUUAUUUGGUCUGAUGGCUGUUAACAACAGUGUCCUGGCAUUCCACUACCUGUUCAUCGUCCUAUGUUGCAUACAGGGUAUGGCUGUUUUGUUGGUGUUCACACUGCUGAACUCAGAGGUGCAGGAAGCUUGGAAACUGGCUUGCCUAGGCAAGAAAAGCCCCGGUGAAGAACCUGCCAGACCUCCACAGAUGACUGGUCAAAACCCGUACAACAGCGCCUCCCUGCUGGAGCAGAGUGGAUUACAUCGUAUCACACUGGGAACUUCAACCAUCUCUUCGGUUAGCAGUGCAAGGGAGAAUCUUUUGGCACGGCAGGCUCUUGAGCACACUUUAGCUCACACGGGGGCCACUGACCUGGACGUGGCCAUGUUCCACCGCAACAGAGGUGAGGACUCAGACUCUGACUCUGAUCUCUCAUUGGAGGAGGAAAGAAGUUUGUCUAUUCCAUCUUCUGAGAGUGAGGACAACGUUCGUCUGCGUGGACGCAUCCAGCGGCGCUUUAAACGUACCGCUCACGCCGAACGUUUACUCACGGAACCCACACACAAUGGUGGAAAAGAUCUGGAUGGCAAUGAUCUGCUCUCCUAUUGGCCAGCGCUGGAAGGGUGUGAGGCUCACUCUCUACAAAAAUGGGGCUCAGAGCGCCGCCUAGGGGGCGACUACAACAAGGAUGCCGCUAAUAAUAACCAGCAGGAAGCUGCGCUGACUAGUGGGGAUGAGAAUGGGCUUACACACAGACACCGUAAGGGAAUCCUAAAGAAUCGUCUAGGCUGCCCGCCUGCUUUGCAGGGUCUUUCUGCUGUGGGCCGUGCUCCCAGUGAGAUGUCAUGGUACAGGACCUCCACGUUAGGUCACCGGGGCGUCCCGGCUGCUUCCUACGGUCGUAUGUACUCUGGCACUGGCUCGCUGUCCCAGCCCGCUUCCCGAUACUCCUCCCGCGAACACCUGGACUCGCUUGCAAGACGACAGCGCUCCCGUGAUAACCUUGACCUGUUACCCCGGCGACGCGAGCUCGGUGCCGAACACCUGGGUGGAUCAAGAGAAAGGUUGGGCCCUGUUCACAGCAUCCAUGCCUCCAGGGAGGAUCUGAUGGCUAGGGGUGGCCUGACAGGUUUAAUGGAGGGUUCAUUAAGUGGUUCAAGAACGCAGCUCAACGCUCUAACAAGGCAACAGUCCUCUAGAGAGCACCUUGGAGGAGCUCUCAUGAGCAGUCGCUCUCGGGAGCAGUUGGAGUCUAACGGCGGGGCACAACCCUGCAGGGAGUGGUUGAGGACCCUGCCGCCUCGACAGCUUUCGCACCCCGAGCCACACCCACCCUCUUCACCUCCUCCGCCAAUCACAGAGGAACCCCAAGAAACCAUGCUCUCUCACCGUGGGCGCCUUGACUCUGCCCCUACAUGUGGUUACCCUACAUCUGCAGCUGCGCCCGGAGCUCCAUCUAGUCGCCCACCUUCUAGCGAACACCUGGAUAUCCUCUCCUCCAUACUGGCCUCCUUCAGCUCCUCUGUCUUAACCCCGCCUCCAAACCCACACUCUGCUGCGGCAGGCCCCUCCCCUUCCCCGCCUGCUCACUCUGUAACUUCUCAAAGCAUCUCGGAAGUGUCACCUGACUCUGAAGUUCACAGAAGUGAUGGACAAUCUUGAUGAUGUCCUCGCAGCCCUACAAUGCAUUUUUGCAGGUGGGCUCCAGAGGAAUACAGGACACAGCCUACCGGAGUGUUCAGGACUUCUGCUUCACCCUGGGAACACUUAAGACUUGACACUGAAUUUAUUCAUCAAGGGCUUGAGAUAUCACCCAGGAUUAUCCUUUAUCCAAACAACAAACCUCAAAUUGCAGACCGAGAGCGGAGAGGUCUGGUCAAAGAGAGAGAGACAGAAACUGUAAAUAACACUUUUUAUACUUUUUGUAUCUUUUUCAUAAAAGAUCAGAGAAACUCUCUAGUGAUGUUUUUGAAGAUUGUGUGGAUAUGUGUUUAAGUGGGUAGAAUCAAAAAACAUUUUCAAACCCAUUGCAAGCCAAAACACUCCUAAACAUCCCCAUUCCAAUCCUUAUCCAACUUUGUGUUUAUGCAACAUAAGACACGCCAACAGACAUGGAGCGAGUCUACGGAAAAAGGAUUGGUCGACAUGAACGAGAUGUUGGAUUUUGGCCAUAACAUGGGAUUGGGGGAAUUCCAAGAGACUGUGAUUGUAAUUAUAAGGAAUUACGAAACAAAAGACAUGAUUGGACCGUAAUGAUUGUCAAUCAAGAGAUUUUGUUUUAAGGCAGGUGACUUGAGAUUUUUGGGUUAGUCUACACACAUUUUAAACUCCAAUACUCAGCCUGUACGAGAUUAAAAAACUGAGGUAUUUGGUGUAAAAAUACAUUCCGGUCUCAACGCUGCACAUUUGUAGACUAGAGUGCUCUCCGAAAUAAUAAAAAGGCAUACAUUGGAGUUUGUUAAAACUGUGUGAAGAGACUAUAAUGAAUGCAUAAUUAUUUUUUGUAACUAGCCUACAUGCAUAUUCAAGACUUAUUAGCAUAAUCAAAACCUCUUUCAUUACCAGACUUAUCUUAAAUCAAAUAUUGCUUUAGGAAUGAUAACGGAUUCCAAAUGAGCUUUUCAGGUGAUCGUAUUUAAUCCAUGUGUGAGUUCUUUUCACUAAGAGAGCAUAUCUAAAUAUCAGCAAAAUCUCUGUGAAGUAUUAAAUAAUCUUGGUGCUUCGGGGAAAGAAACAUGCUGAGAUAAACUAAAUGCAGUCAUUCAGAACAUCAGGCUCCUGUUUCAAAGCGAAAUCACGCUUCGUAUGACUUCAUCUCAUUUGUCUUAAACAGUAUUAUUAUGAGUUUUUGCCAAAAGAGUGCCCUUGUGUCACCCCUUAUACCUCGUUCCUGUCCGAAAAGUGCUCCAGGAAUUUUUUAUAUUCCUUUUUUAUAUUUAAUUUAUUAUUGCAUAACUUUAUCUGUACAGACAUCAGAUUAAUUUAUUUUAUUUAUUAAUAUUUAUUAACGUUAAUUUAUCUUAUUCAUAUUUCUUUAUAGAGUGUUUUUUUAAGAAGCGUGUGUGGAAGCUUUGUUUUUAUAAAAGCGAGGUUUCAUCUUUUCAAAAUGUUUUAUGUGUGAAACUUUUUGUACAUUUUCUGUCUGAUAUGACCCCCUCUCUUCUGUUAACAACAAAUAUGCUUUGAGAAAGAGAGGUGGAAGAUGCUGAUUGAUUGGUGGAAGAGAGAAUAAUGGGAAUGUAUAAUUGGUCAACAUGUUUAUUAUAAGACAUGCUGUAUGCUAGGGGGGGUUCAAAAAAAUCUGCUACCAGUGGGGGAUAAGACCAGAGACCCAGUGGUUGUUAAUAAAACAGAUUAAUGCUA